CUUCCAAGCUGCGAGUUGGCUGAUGUUCCCAGGAGAAGAAGUAAGAAUGGGCUACACCUCUGGCAUCACGGUAUGUCGAGUGUCUCACUCCUAAAAAAAAAAAGCUACUGGAUGGUCUCAAAUUACUGAAGGAUCUUGAUCUGGAUUUUAUGAGAAUCGGACUUUCUUUGACAGAGACUUAUAAUAAAACACGAAAACUCAGUAUAUUUUUUGCAAUUGUAAUCAUUUGGAUGUAUUCUUCUUAUAUAUUCACUACGCAGAUAAUAGUUCGAUUAUAUGGAAUUUAUCCUCGAGCAUCAUUAUGGUUUUCCUUUGUUUUUCCCAAUAUUGUCAGUACAAUGAUUAUAUUGCAGUUUUCAUUUUAUGUAUAUAUUUUAACUUUGAGGAUGGGACUUAUUAAAACACUAAUAAAUAAUUUGGAAAUCAUAUCAACUUCUGCUUGGCUAGAUGGCGAUGAAAAAAGGCAUACUAUGAAACAGAAAAAAUAUGCAACUAUAAUAGAUGUUAUUGGAAAAUUGCACGAAAAAUUAUGCGAAAUUGUAGAUCAUAUAAAUGCAUAUUUCAACAACCAAAUGCUAGUAUUGUGUUUGGAUGCUUUUGUGAUGAUUGUAUUUUUUGCAUAUUAUAGCUUGAUUUCCAUAAUGGACUAUGAAGCUGAUUUAGCAAAAUAUAUUGGAGUAAUGACUUUUUUUCUUUGUCCUUUCAUUGCCAAUAUCUGCCAGAUGAUUUGUCUUGUGGUAUUUUGUGCACAGUUUUAUAAUGAAAUUACAAAUUGUCACAAAAAGCUGCUGGUUUUAAUAAAUGAAUCUGAAAAAAGAUGCACCAAAUUAAGACUAAGCCAAUUAUCAAUCCAAAUAAUUAUUCGGAGUCCAAAAUUUAGUGCUGGUGGUGUAUUCAUUUUAAAACCAACUUUAUUACGAUCGGUAUGA